GUUGCGCAUCACUGGUUUCUGUCUGGCAGGGAGAGAGGGAAAGAUAAAGGGAGAGAGAGAAGAAUGUAUUAUUCUCCACCUAACAAGCUUCAAUAAGCAGCGCGGGUGGCACGAGAACUCUUAAUCUUGAAAGUCUUUACGAGAUCAAAAUUCAAUCCCAUCUGAGAAAAAGUGGAAUGACGUUAUUUGAAAAUGUGCCCAACAUCCUUAAUGAAUAACUUAGCGAGAGGAGAAGGCAAAUGCGGCCCCAGCUGUUUCCUGUUGAAAACGUCAGUGUAAUGUGGAUGAAUGUGAGGGAUUUUCUCUGUAAAUCCGUCUCCAGUUCCCUAAACCUCACUUCAGCGAAACGAGGCUGCGCAAUGGAGCAAAACUCGGAAUAUUGAAAUGUGACAUUGCCUGCGCCUCACCUCUUCCUCGCGGGAUUUUUAAUGACUUUAAAUAAAUUCAUAUUUCCUGGGGUUUGGCACGCGGAGACCCGUGGUUAUGUCUAACGGUCACUACUUUCAGUGGCUGUGUCAUGUGUUCAAGUGUAAGAUGAGCCAUAUCUCCUGUAGCCACACCCUCUCUCUGGUGCUCUGCAUUCUUGCCCUGACCCCAGCGGUGAGGGCGGCGUCCGAGACCCUGUGCGGGGCGGAGCUGGUGGACACGCUGCAGUUUGUGUGCGGAGACAGGGGCUUUUAUUUCAGUAAGAACCCCGGCUAUGGUACCAGUGCGCGGCGGCCGCACAGCCGGGGCAUAGUGGACGAGUGCUGCUUCCAGAGCUGCGAGCUGCGCAGGCUGGAGAUGUACUGCGCUCCUGUCAAACCCGGCAAGGCCGCCCGCUCUGUGCGGGCGCAGCCCCACACCGACGUACCAAAGACCCCCAAGAAACACAUAUCUUGUAAUAGUCCCCCAUCCUGUAAGGAGGUGCAUCAGAAGAACUCCAGUCGAGGAAACACGGGCAGCAGGAACUACCGGAUGUAGAAGACGGCAAUGGGAGAAGGACAGAUGGACAGUUACAAAUGCAAAAGGAAUGCAGACGGACAGAUGGACACAGGGGGUGGGGUGUGGCCAUAGCCCUUCCCCCCCUCCAGUGGUGCUGCUGGCUAUGAAAAAACUGAGACUGGGGUUCAAUCAACAUGUUAAGACAGAUGGUGAUUUUACACGCUGUGUCAUUUUCGGUGAUUUUACAUACUGCAUCGUGUAGGGAGGGGAUUCUGGUGAUUUUAUAUACUGCGUCAUACAAAUUGGGUGAAAGUAAAGGGGGCAAUCUACGUCCAACCAAUAUGCCAAACCAGUGUCGCUGCUGAGCUGUGAGAGAGGUGUAAACGUGACUGGGCUGUAGCUCCGUGUAUAAAAGCUAUAGAGCUCCCCCCUUUCCCCCCAGGCUGUGGUUAUCUUCCUGUUUGCCCUUGUUUCAGAUGGGACAGGGUAAUUUGGAUCAGGAGGUGCAUCCCCCCCCGUCUCUUUGAGGAAGGUUGAACCAAUCAAACA